UUCGAGCCUCAUCGUGCUCAAACACACCCAUCGGCACACAAUGUCCCUCUACGCUGACGAGGACAUUGACCUCUACGCCGGCGCCGGCGCCGGCGCGCCCUCGGCGCCCGCCGACCCGCUCCAGGCGCUCGCGCAGGCCCUGUCGUCCGAGGCAGAGACGCGCGCUCAGGCCGACGCUCUCGUCGCUGCCGGCAGCCGCUUCGAGGAGCACCCCGACAAGCUCCCAGACCUGUGCACCAAGAUCUUGCCAAUGGUCGUCGACGGCACCGACACGCUCCUCCGCGCCUGGACGCUCGAGAUGCUCGCGCUAGCUGUGGGCCGCGCCUCCCUUCGCGGAGAAGUCAAGCUCGAGGUUGCUCAGUCGUCGUUGAAGUCGCUCAACCAUCUGCUGCACGUCAGCUCGGUCGCGACGAUUCGUGCGGUUAUCCCAAUUCUGAGCACCGUCUACCCGAUGCUCUUCCGCUACCUCGCGACGGCCAACAUGUCCGCUUCGGGGCUGAACGACGAGUUCCAGAGUGCAAAGGCGCGAAUCCUGUCCUUCGUCCUCGACCCGCAUGCCAUGCCGCAGAGCGUGGGUAUCAAGGCGGCCGCUUGGAAGUUUGUCCAGAAAGUGUUGAUGGUCGGAGUUCGCGCCUCGGUGGACCCAAGGCUGGCAGCUCGCUCAACAGAUGUCAGCGUGGCGCUCAUCCAGCCUGGCUCGCCUCUGAACGCGGCCAAGGUCGAGGAAGAGGCGACUCAGCUCAAAACCGAGCUCGUGACGCAGCUCUACACGCAGAACGACCCGGCCGUCCUGCAUCCCAUUAUCAACACCUUCCCUCAGCUGGUGAAGACGCGUCCUGCACUCGCACCGCUCAUUGUCUCCUCGGUGACAUCGUGGACUCCAGCAGCGAUGGAAGAGGCUCGACGACCACCGAUGCAGAUUCACGCCGUGGAGAAGACGCUUCGUUCCGUUAUGGGCCACAUUGCAAAGUACCAGCCACUGGUUGGUUUCUCUGCUCAGUUGCACGAGGCACUCGCCAAGCAAAAGCACCGUAUGGAAUUGGCCUGGCAGGCGGACGCGGAAGCUCGACGUGCUCGCCGAGCCAGGAUAGCCUCCGGCGCCCACAAGCACCCUCUGGAGCCCGAGGCCGAGUCGAGUGCCGGACCAUCAAAACGCGCGCGCCUCGAGGUCAUGCCUGGUACAGGAGAUGGCCGGAGUGGCGCCCUGGUGGACGUGUCAAAGUUGCCUCUACCACCUGUGGUCGACGCGGUCAUGGCGGGUCUCGCUGCAGUGACAGACGAGUUCCUGAACCGCGCAUUCGAAAACGCAAGGCAGGCGAUCAUCAACGAGGACCCAGAGGCUAUCACUAUUCUGACGCAAUCCCUGUUCAAGGAGGGCGAGCUCAAGGUGGAGGACGACGAGGUCAUCAACCCACUGGACGUGGACUUGGAAGAUGACGAUGACUUUGUGCCGGAUCUGGAGCCCGAGGUCGAGGAGAAUGUCACGAUCGCCGACUUCCGCUUGCCUCCACCGGAGCCAUUGCCAGUGGACGAAAAGAACGGCAUAGUGGACGUUGCCGUCAAGCGGAUAUGGGACAGCGGAUCAGAGCUUUCGCACCUGGCCGAUCUCAAGGUUUCGGAUGGCCCACGAUCGGCAGUGCAGCCAAAGGAAAUGUGGAUGCUCUUGCUGGCGCGGUUGUCAUCUCGUGGACGCGAGGACAAGCGCCAGCUCAUUGGCGAGUUUGUCGCCAAGGACUUUGGCAUGAGGUCCAAGUUUGCGACCGUGUGGCUCAACGAGGAGUGGCUGGCCAAGCGACGAGGCGACGAGAACCAGUACGAGGCCGGGCUGAUGGCCAUUCUUACGGCGUACAUCCCGACACUUGAGGCCAAGGACCUGUCUCUCACCCAGUUCCUCCUCGGCCUGCCCGAGCUGCCGCCGGCAGCCAUCGAUGCGCUCGAGCCUCUUUGCGAAGACCACGACCGCAUGAUUGUCGGAUACCGCUCGCUCCGUGAGCUCGCCGAGGCACGACCUCCGCUUCGCGACCGCACCUCUGCGACAUUGCUACAGUUGUGUACGCACACCGACCCCAAGAUCCGUAUCACCGCCAUCACGACUGUGCGACGAUGGGUCCCGAACACUGCCAUGUCCGAGAGGGUCGUGGCCUACGCAUUGGGAGUGCUGCGCCGCUUGACAGAGUACAAGGAGGAGGUGAAGGAGGAAGUGAAGGAAGAGGGAGGAGAGGCAAAGGAGGGUGAGGAGGCAAAGGAGGGCGAGGAGGCUGCUGCGAGCAAGGAGCCAGAGUCGUCGGUCGACGUCAAGAUGGAGGAGGCCGCUCCAGCGACUACAACUGAGGGCGACGACCAGCCAGUGAUCGAGUCCAAGUUCCUCACCACGGUGACAAAGGAGAACAUCUCGCAGUAUGUCGAACUCGCCUUUGCUCUCGCGCGCAGAGAGCAGGGGAUCCUCGACGACAUCUUCCAGCUGUACCCCAAGCUGCCAGCGACUAUCCAGGACAUUGUCGAGGAGAAGCUCACCCCGCUCAUCCGGUCACUUGGUCCGACACAAAAGCUGCUCGAUAUUCUGCGCAACUUCCCCGAGGGUGCCGACAAGCUCGCGCUGCGUGUGGUCACGACGCUGUCUGCAGAGGGAUCAGGCCCGCUCCUGGUUCAUGUUAUCCGUACGCUCAUGUCGGAGCGCGAACUGGACGCGAGAUUCAUCAUCCCGGUCAUUGGCGAGUUGGACAAGGGCGAGAUCGAGAGCCAGAUCCCCCGCAUCGUGUCGCUGUUGGAGCAGCCCGACACGCGCGACGUCGUGCGCACGGCAUUUGCCUCAGCGCUGCAGAAGAUGACGCCGGCGGAUCUGUUGGUGUGCUUGCACCAGGAGGAGGCUGGUUUGAAGCCAACCAUGGAUGCCAUUGGUAUCUGCUUCUCAAUGACGACCGUGUUCCGCUCCGACGUGCUCGCCAAUGCCAUGCAGCGCAUUGUCGACCAGCCGACACCGAUUCCGGUCAUCUUUGUCCGCACAAUCAUCCAGGCGGUGACGACGUACAAGUCUCUCAUUCCAUUCGUCGCCAACAACGUGGUGCCCAAGCUCGUGGCCAAGCGGGUGUGGGAGCAGCCCAAGCUGUGGGACGGCUUUGUGCGACUCUUGCGACCUCUCGGACAAGCGACGUUCAACGCCCUGCUGCAGAUGCCUGUGGAGCGGAUCCACGAAGUGGUCGAAAAGCAGCCGACGCUACGUGCCCCGCUCAAGACUUUCCUCUCCAACAAGCCGGCGGCACGGGCGCAGCUUGCCCAGAUCUUUGGGGAUGCCUAGGGGAGGCGCGACAGGGUCAUAUUGGGGUAGACUGCAUGGCAUGAAUGUUGAC